UGCCUGCCUGCUUGCUGCUAGGCCUCCUGGUGAAUGUCCUGCCCUGGGAGAGAGCAAGAGUGACCUAGCUCCUGAGAGCUGGUAAAGGGCGGAUGCCCAAGGCAGGGGGGCUGCAGGGAGCACCCGUGGCACCAGUGGCUGGCCUUCCAGCCACACUUAGCAGCAUCACCACAGCAACCAGCAACCAGACGGCAGCAGCCUCGGCAGACUCUACGGUAUAGCUUCCCACCGUCGGAGAACAGGGAAUGACUACGACAUAUCAGGCCCCACAGUGGCCUGGGCAGGUGGAGUGUCACUAGAGGGAGGGCUCAGCUACUUCCUCGCAACAGACGAUCACCAUGCCAGCUGGAGAAGAGGUGCUGGGGCAGGGGCUGCAGCGUGGCACAGCCUUGCCCCCCCACCUACACUGAGUGCUUUGAGGGCGGCGGGGUUCCACCUGCCAGGCAUAUCUGGCCUGCUUCUCAGUGUCCCCUGCUCGGUGGCAACAGGGAGAAGUGCCCCGUCCCCUGCUCUGCAUCUGGGCCCGCCGCUGCCGGACCAUGGGAUGUCGGCAAAGCUCAGAGGAGAAAGAAGCGGCGCGGCGGUCCCGGAGAAUUGACCGCCACCUGCGCUCAGAGAGCCAGCGGCAGCGCCGUGAGAUCAAGCUGCUCCUGCUGGGCACCAGCAACUCAGGCAAAAGCACCAUUGUGAAGCAGAUGAAGAUCAUCCACAGUGGUGGCUUCAACCUGGAAGCCUGCAAGGAGUACAAGCCCCUCAUCAUCUACAACGCCAUCGACUCACUGACCCGCAUCAUCCGUGCUCUGGCCGCACUCAAGAUUGACUUCCAUAACCCAGACCGUGCCUAUGACGCAGUCCAGCUCUUCGCGCUGACAGGCCCUGCCGAGAGCAAGGGUGAAAUCACACCAGAGCUGCUGGGGGUCAUGCGGCGGCUGUGGGCCGACCCCGGGGCGCAGGCCUGCUUUGGCCGCUCCAGUGAGUACCACCUGGAGGACAACGCCGCCUACUACCUGAAUGACCUGGAGCGCAUUGCCGCACCCGACUAUAUCCCCACUGUUGAGGACAUUCUGCGCUCCCGGGACAUGACCACGGGCAUAGUGGAGAACAAGUUCACCUUCAAGGAGCUCACUUUCAAGAUGGUGGACGUGGGCGGGCAGAGAUCGGAGCGCAAAAAAUGGAUCCACUGUUUCGAGGGCGUCACAGCCAUCAUCUUCUGUGUGGAGCUUAGUGGCUACGACCUGAAGCUCUAUGAGGACAACCAGACGAGUCGAAUGGCAGAGAGCCUGCGCCUUUUUGACUCCAUCUGUAACAACAACUGGUUCAUCAACACUUCACUCAUCCUCUUCCUGAACAAGAAGGACCUGCUGGCGGAGAAGAUCCGGCGCAUCCCGCUCACCAUCUGCUUCCCUGAGUACAAGGGCCAGAACACCUACGAGGAGGCCGCUGUCUACAUCCAGCGGCAGUUCGAGGACCUGAACCGCAACAAGGAGACCAAGGAGAUCUACUCCCACUUCACCUGCGCCACUGACACCAGUAACAUCCAGUUUGUUUUCGACGCGGUGACAGACGUCAUCAUACAGAACAAUCUCAAGUAUAUAGGCCUUUGUUGAGGAGCUGGGCGGGCCAAUUUGCCUGUGGUGAAACCCCUGGGGUGUCACACCCCCACUCGUGCUAGGGAGACCCAGCCUAGGGGCAGAAAACUGGGGACCUGAAAAAUGUCCCCCCCACCUCCUUGGCCCCCACAUUUCUGCAAGCAUAAAUAUAUAUGGAUAGAUUGCUAGGUAGGUAGACAUCCACAAACAUGCACACACACACACACACAUAUGCACACACACAGUCUGGAGACGGCAAAGUUCCCCAAAGUGUUGAGGCCUCAUGAAGACUUAAGCAGUUGUCACCAUGUUCACUAUGAGCCCAUCCUGCCCCUUCACUUUGCCUUCCCGAGCCGGCCCCGCUCUGCAUGGGGGUCCUCGUGGGACUAUGAGGAUAGGCGGCUGGGUCAUCUGGAAGAAGCCAGCUCUGCCCAAGCUUGGGACUGGGGACCUUACUGCUGACCAGGAGGGAGGUCCGGAGCAGGGUCCAUGCGCCUUCCCUGCUGGCCACGCCUACCGCUGGCCUACUCUGUAUCACGUUCGUUCAUUCUGGAACCAGGGUGCAAGGCCAGAUGACAGCACUAACCAGACCUCUAGCCACUCACAGCUCUUUUUAAACAGCUUCAAAAUAUGCAGCAAAAAUCCACACAAUAACAUGAGUGGCACGAUUUGUUUCAAACUAGGCCAGCUGGGUUCCAGCUUUUCUUCUACUAGUCUGAUGUUUUAUAAAUCAAAACCUGGUUUUUCUUCUCUGACAUCCUUUUUUUUGGCCAAAUCUCGUGGUGUUUAGCAGAAAUAUGGAAAAUUUCAAAUGCAGUUGAGUAUUCUUUUUUAAAAUGCAGA